GUCUAUAAGUUCACUCUCCACCAAGCCACCGUCGUGUCCGCCUACCGCCGCGCACCCUCCUCCUCCAUCAUCUUCUCAUCGUCUCGUCCGUGCCGCCCGGCCACGUGAAGCACACGAGGAGCCUCCGAACGCGCAGCACCCACGCCAUGUACAUCAUGCAGAAGGACACCACGUUCACCAAGAUCUUUGUCGGAGGGCUGCCCUACCACACCACGGACGCGUCCCUGAGGAAUUUCUUCGAAUCGUUUGGAGAGAUCGACGAGGCCGUGGUGAUCACGGACCGGCAGACGGGCAAGUCCAGAGGAUAUGGCUUUGUGACGAUGGGAGAAAGGGGAGCAGCGGAACGAGCCUGCAAGGACCCGAACCCUAUAAUCGACGGGCGCAAGGCCAACGUAAACCUGGCGUACCUGGGGGCCAAGCCACGCGUGCUGCAGCCAGGGUUUGGCCUUGGUAUGCAGCAGAUCCACCCGGCUCUACUCCGGCAGCAGUACGGGCUGGCGACGCAAUACGUCUACCCGCACGCCAUGCUGCAGCCGGGCCUCCUGCUGGGAGCCCACACGUCUCCGGGCGCCGGCGCCGCCAGCACCGGCGCCAGCACGCCCUGCUACCUCGAGUACCCGGGCAGCGGCUUUGCGGCGCAGUACGGCGGAGCGUACGACUACUCCUACGCGGCGGCCGCGGCCGCGUCGGCGUUCCUCCCCGCCGGGUACGCGGGAUACGCGCCGGCUCCGGGCUCUGGCGGCGUCAUGCCCGCCGGCGCCUCGGCCUACCACCAGCAGUACGUCGUGCCGACCGCGAUGCAGGAUCGCGUUGUGCAGUGAGACGACGGGCGGGGGGGGGGUGGGCCGGCCGGCGGCGAUGGUGAUCGUUCGACGGCGACGCGCGGGAAGGAAAAAGGAAAAAAAAAAACGACAACAGAAAUGAGGGAAGGUAAUAAUUGGUAAGCAAAGAAAAAAGUUAACGGUGGAAAAUUCUGAAAAAAAAAUCGCAAGUGGAAGAAUAAUGAACACGAACGAUGACACGCCCUGAGCUUGUACCGACUACUUUGCUGCGAUGGGUCAGACACGUUCUGUCGCCCGGUCUCUAUUUUUAACCUUCCCGAAGCGAGAAGAUUGAAUGUCGACGCACAGCAGCCGCAGCAGCAGCAGCGUAACAAUGUUGAGCACUAUAUUAAUGAAUUCACACGCUAUAUCGUUAUUGUUCUAUUUUUUACGUUCCGUUUGUCUUUACUUUUGACGACACUGCUCCGUCUCGGCGGCGCACGGCGCACUGUUCCACCGCAACCACCAUCACUGCGGCAAACGAUGCCUCCGAUGUGAACGGCGAAACGGAACCCCGGGGUGGGGGGGGGGGGGACGACACACACGAAACUACGGCGAAGCCGACCGGCCACGGGGGUCUCGACAGCAACCGGCCGCGUGCCUGGUACGCCGGCUUCUUCCUGGGUCCGUUCGGUGUAAAAAGGAAACGCACACCACUCUCACCCCCCCCCCCCCCUCACUCCUGCGCUGCCACAGACAACGGUCCUCCUCCUGCAGCUCGACACAGAGGGCGAGGUGGAGGAGAGGCGAGUGGGUCUCCGUAGUCCGCUUCUGCAGUCUGCCUGGCUCCUGCUGCGUGUAGUCUGCUUGUGUCUCGUGCCGCCCAAAGUAUCGCUGCAUCCUGCGCGCGUGUCUCCUGCUGCCUGUCGUCUAAUUGCAGUCUGCGAAUGUCUCGUGCAGCCUGCAGUGGGCCUGUGUCUCCUGCUGCCUACAGACUAGCUGUAAGUCUGCCUGUGUCUCCUGAUGGCUUGUGGCUAGGUGAUGUGUCCAGCUGUGUGACUUGUUGUUCUGUAGUCUGGCUGGGUGACUUGCUUUUUGCAGUCGGCCUGUUUGGCUAGUUAGCUGUAAGACUGGCUGCGUGACUUUGUUGGCUUCAGUCCGGCUGUCUCUCAUAACAGCUAUUGUUGCUUCCUGCUUACCAACCAUAGUCCGGUUGCAGUCCUCGGCAUGCUGUGGAUUUUGGCGAGUGCUUAGGACCAACCCAGAUUCUUAGUGUCACCGUGGACAAACCCUCCCGGGACCUCGGAUCCAGAGCAAAGAUCUCGCCUGCUCACCUGCUCACUCACUCACUAGUAUUGCCACUCGGGCACUAAACAGCUCCGUCGCUCACCGCUCACUUGCCUGUUCAGUCACUCAACCCCUUGCCCGCUCGCUUGCCUACUAACUCGUUCAAUUACUCGCUCACUCACUCAACAGCACCCCCCCCACUCCAUGAAGACAAUCUAUGCAACGUGAAAUCAAUCUUGCGUUCGCAGGCAAGGAUGAGACGACGCAUUGGAGCAGUUAUUUUUUUUUAUGAUCACACGAACGAGGCAGAGCACGGUCGAAGAGGCCACCGUCGGUCUGUUCGACUUUGUUCCAGGGAUCGACAGCGCGAUGAUGAUGAGAUGAAUAAUCGAAAAAAAAACAAAGAUCUGAGAAUCUUGACGAUUGAGCCUCGCAAAGAUGUCGGCGGCUUCCAAGUCUCCCUCUCCGUCGCUCGCCAUGCAGAGAGAUGCUCCGACAUUCGACCGUACGCCAGCAGAUUUGUACGUCGAGCCAGCAUCGGACAUCGACUGUCCUAGUCUGCGGACGUCGAGUUGUAUAUCUAAAACGGCUCCGUAAAGGAGUCCCUGGGUAUUUUCCUCGUGUUUAUUUUGUUGUUGCUUUUUUAUUUAUUUUCAUAGCGUAAAUCGGUGACGUCAAAUGCUGGAUAAUUGUGGUGGGGCUUAUUGGGGAGGUGGGGGGGGGGUGAAGGGUAAUGUGGAGUUGUAACACAACUGUGAGCAACUGGAUUGUGGGUAUUUUUCUAAUGGGCGGUGUCGUCAUUUGGCAGACGUUAGGGAACCCGCGUUGUAGGGCAGCGCAUUGGCAAGUAAAAUUGGUUGUGAAAAUGUAAUUCUCACAAGCGAGGAAACGUGUUUUUUGACGGGCGCAUCAUCGAGUGUUUGUCUCCAGAAGGCUCGCGUCUUAACAACUCGCCAACACCGUGCGCUCGCGUGCGGAAACAAAUAGUCGCUCAGGGUGGGGGGGGGGGGGGGGACUCAUUUACGCAAAUUAAUUUGGGGUAACGACGUUUGGUGACGUAUCAUGACGGCGCACGGGAUGCUGCCACAGCGGUGCAACGAUCAGCGGCGCGCUGGACUCCCCAUCCAGAGGUCGCCGGAUCGAUUCCACCUCCCUGCGUGGCAGUUGAAACAAAAUGGGCGGAGUGGCGAGUUUCUUAACCCCACCCCACCCACCCAUCUCUGCCCACCCAGCGGUGUCGAUGGGUUACGCCGCAGGCGAUCUGCAGGUCGUUUGUGGUGGGGUCAAGUGUGGCUGCUUUCACCUCUUCCAAGCAAGCUGGCCCGCGUGGAAGAGUAGGCCAAAAUAAGCCCCGAAAAGCUCCCUCUUAGCGGAGAGGCCCCUUCCACCAGCAGUGUCGUGUGAGCGAGCAACUGCAAGGCUGCACCUGUGCCUGGUGGGAGUGUGCGCGCCGCCGUGCGUUUCCACGUUACGAAUGUGAUGACUACAAGCUACUGUUUAAACUGUUUACAAACUCCUCCGUCACCCCACAGCCCCGGAGGGGUUUCAAGAAGAUCAUCCCCGAAGGGGGCUUCCGUGGCACAGUAGAACGUCGCGUAUCCGACCCGUCACGCGUCUGCCGUGAUCGAUUAACCGCUCGCAGCCCCAAGUGCUGCGUGACGGUCAUCUUCCCCGAGGUGUCCGUAGAGCUGAGCCUUUCGCGCGAUGCUGAUCUCACGUACAUUCACUGUUCCGUAAUCUGCUUGUGUGUAGCGCCACUGUUGAUGUCUGUGGGGUUAUCCACUCAUGCGACCAUUUGACACGUACGCCUAAUAUUUGUCUUGUCAGUCCUUCGGCGGAUCAGAUACACGACGUUGCGCUGUACAUCUUUGGUCAAUUUUUUUUUACAAUUCGUUUUUACGAUCGUCGUCAUCGUUAUCGUCUUUAUUAUUAUUGAGAGUACUAUUAGUAACAUUAUUGUAAGAAAUAAAAUGUUAAGAUGCAUCAUGUGCAAAUAGCAGAACGGAUACUUGUCGGGUUUUUUUGUACAAGUCACGUGCAUAGACUUAAACAAAGAUGAAAAUGUUAAACAUUUAAUUCAUGAUAAUACAAGUAAUUUAGUUGCAACGCCGGACACACACUCGCACACAGAGCGGAACGUCUGUGUGUUUCGUUGGCGUUACACUGAGCACAACAUUUCACUUAUGGUGGAUAUGCCAAUAAAUGCAUCGUCCGUUCA